UCUGCCGUAGUGACGUCAGGCCCCGCCGCCCCUGCAGCGCUGAAUGGACAGAGCAGCCUGUCUGAUUCACUCCAAAACAGCUCGGUACGGCACGGCACGGACAUCAUCAUCAACAUCCCGGGGAAUAGAGACGUAACAGGGGAUAGAGGCUUCACGGGGAGCUGCGGAGAGGACAGAGAGGAGAGAGAGAGGCCUCAACAUCAGCACCAUCAUACUUUUGUUUUUCUCCACAAGACAGGACGGAGGGAGUGCGCCCACCGUGUUGCGGGUGUAUGUGCGUGCGUUUGUCCCCCGGUUUGGAUCACGAUGAUGCAAAGUGCGGCGGUCCUACCGACAGAGAGUCCUGUAAAGAGUUUGCCGGAGAUUCUCGGAGUGCCACUGCAACAGAUCCCUCAGUGUGCCGGCUGUAGUCAGCACAUCCUGGACAAGUUCAUCCUGAAGGUGCUGGACAGACACUGGCACUCCAAGUGCCUCAAGUGCGCCGACUGCCAGACUCCGCUGGCGGACAAAUGUUUCUCCCGGGCAGGAAGCGUCUACUGCAAGGAGGACUUCUUCAAGCGUUUUGGAACAAAAUGUGCAUCAUGCCAACAGGGGAUCCCUCCGACGCAGGUUGUGCGGAAGGCGCAGGACUUUGUGUAUCACCUGCACUGCUUUGCCUGCAUCAUGUGCAGCCGACAACUGGCCACCGGGGACGAGUUUUACCUCAUGGAGGACGGGAGGCUGGUGUGCAAGGUGGAUUAUGAGACAGCAAAACAAAACGAUGAUUCAGAGGCGGGGACCAAGCGACCGAGGACCACCAUCACGGCCAAGCAGCUAGAGACCCUCAAAAGUGCCUACAAAAACUCGCCGAAGCCGGCACGCCACGUCAGAGAGCAGCUGUCUUCGGAGACAGGGCUGGACAUGAGAGUAGUGCAGGUGUGGUUCCAAAACAGGCGAGCAAAAGAAAAGCGUCUGAAGAAAGACGCAGGUCGACAUCGCUGGACUCAGUUUUAUAAAAGUGUCAAACGCAACCGAGGAGGAGCUAAAGUGGAGAAGGAAAGCUCGGCCGACGACGCAGGACUCAGCGACAGCGAGCUGAGCUUCAGAGACGACCAGGUCCUGUCCGAUCUCGGCCAUACCAACGGGAUUUACGGGAGUGUCGGCGACGUGACGAACAGCGCGGUGCUGAACGGCGGCUUCUCCGUGGACGCAGCGGGACAGCCCUACCACGACAUCCGAGCGGGAAGCCCCUACGGCCUCCCUCAGUCGCCCUCCUCCAUCACCUCUCUGCCUGGCCACACCCCUCUCCUCAACAACCUGGGCUUCAAUAUGGACAGUCUGGUGGUGCAGGGUGGGCCGGGCGGCGUGGGACAGGCCCUGAGAGCCAUGGCAGGGGGGCCCACCUCAGACCUCUCCACGGGCAGCAGUACAGGAUACCCUGACUUCCCCACCAGCCCCGCAUCAUGGCUGGACGAGAUGGACCAUUCCCAGUUUUGAGUCUCGAACAUGAAGAUCGCUGCGGGGAUACGACAGAAACAGACUCACAAGGCUUUUUACAUUUCUAUCGCCCUCCUGGUACGUUUUGUGACUUUGGGUGAAGAUGAGAAGGAAGGGAAGAAGUGUGACUCUCGGUCCCUCAACGGUGAGGGAACAACCAGGUUAGAGACGCGCAGUCCGGAUAAAAGCAGUGAAGAACACCUCCACACCACUGAAUGUUCAAUCUCAACACUGUACCAUACACUUUUUGUUAUCACCUGACUUUAUUUUGUUCUUUCACUCUGAGAAUGAGACUGGAUUUCCAAUAAGUCGGUGGAUUUUGCUCACAGGGGAGGUGAUAUCGUCUCACCCCCCCCUCCAAAAUAAACCAUCCCCGUCUAACAGCUACAACAAUAGGGAUACAAUCUAGAUCAAAGUCCCUAUGAGACCCAGGAGGCACCUGCAUGCUUCUUGAUUGAUAAUGAGUAGGACUGCUGUCUGGCCAUAUCAUAGCCUUUACAUUGGCGAUGCACUUUACUCUCCUCUUCUUUUUCUACACAUAUGGACAGGAAUGCAGGAAAUGAGAGGAAGAGAGAAAAAGAGGAGAGACAUAUGCACAAGGCAAAAACACAGUGUUUCAUUGGGAGAGAAAUUUACAAGAACAGUGGCACAAGUGUGAAUUUUGAAACCAUGCUGAUGUUUUUUAAAUGUAUUGCUGAAGCUUACAAGUUAUUAGGAAGUAGAUGGCCUGUUUGGUCUGUCUGUCCGUCCGUCCGUCUGUCCAGUAGUCCAACUGAUGUCUCCUCUGUUUGAGUGAGGGGCGAACACUGUUUGCUACACAGCAGGUCUCUCUUCUAUAUUUAUAGGUGCUUGACUUGUUCUUGUCUGUGUGAAACGCUGUCUGAGAGCAGACAUCCGUCAGUGUUAAAUUAUCUGUUUCCAGGUGUUUGGAGGACAGUCGAGAAGAUUAGGGUUUAAGAAAAAUUCAGCUCGAACACUUCUAGUAAUAUAUCACACAUCUAAAUUAUUAAUUUAUUUUUUUGAAUGCACAGAUGUAAGAAGAGGAGAUAUCCGAUUUAUAAGACACGCAGAUUCCUUUGCAGAUAUUAAAGGGUUACAUGAAUAAUGAUAAUAAUAAAAAAAAAAAGAUUCAUUUGACGUUGAAAACACCAACAAGUAUUAGCAGGAAAACUCUUUGUGUUGGCUCUUCUGCUUCCUCAGUCUGAUCCAGGAUUCUCUCGGUAAUCUACUCAGUCCAGCAGAGAGUUCUGGCUUUGCCUGCUAUCAACCUACUUAUUGACCCCCCAGAUGUGUUGUCAGUCUGUUCUCCUCCUGCCAUGUCAGAGGGAUUACCACAGAGCAUCCCCUCCCUCUGCCAGAGCUGAUAAUCGACUGUAGCAUUUUUUCUUACAGUUCAGGCCACAUCAGCUACAUCUUAGAGCCCCACCAUGACGACUCUGACGUCUGAUUCUGUUUUUUUGAACUGUAAGAGCAACUGAUAGUUUGAUUUGACCAGUCGAGCAUGUCAGAACCAGUGGAUAUUUCGAUCUGAGGGAAGUGAGUUUGCUUAAAUCCUUACUCCUGUUCUUGUUUUGUCAUAUGACGAAAAGAAGUCCUCACUGUUUUGUUUUUGUUUUUUUGUUUUUUUACUAGAGCAUCCGAUUUAAGAGCCAGAAAGCAAAUCAACAAACAGAAAGUGACACCAUUCAAAGAAGUGAGACUUUCGAUUUCAGCCCGCAAAUUGCAGCAUAAUCAUCUAGUAAAUACACGGUAUUAAUGAAAUACUUACUGUGUAACUAUACGGGGGUUAAUAUGUCAGUACCGGAGAAGAAGAGGGACUUAACAACACGGGAAAACGGGAAAUAACAACAUAUAUAGUGUCCAUUAUUGUUAGUUUUUCAUGAUCAAGCUGUUGUACAAUGUCAUACAGGCAGGAGUCUGUUGUUACCCUGUAAUUAUUUAAUGUAUCAGGUCAUUUACUUACAGUGUAAUAGAUUUUUAUGUCCACCCCCAAAAUGCAAAUUUGUUGCCCCCUUCCCUGUGUUUGUCCUUGUACGUGCACAGUAAGAGUUUCAUUGGUACCUCAUAUGUACAAAAUAUUUACAGUGUAAUUUGCGGGCUGUAAUCUGAAAGUGUUAAAUGAAAAUCACCCACAAACACUUUACCAUGACAGUUUUGUUAAGUCUUUGUUGCCUCAGAAGUUUGCAUCUUAAUUGUUGUAAAUUUUGUACAGUUUGAAAAACGUGUUGAUCGUCUUGUUUCAUGAGCGCUAUUUAUUAUUGCCAUGUGUCUUUGAAAAAGAUGUAAAAGAGAGCACUGAAUUUAUUCAUUUAUGCCUUCUGUGUAAUGGUAUGAACCGUGUACAGUCAAAUCUAUAUGAGGAAAAUAAAGCUGAAUUG